AUGGCUGAGGCACAUCAGGCGGUAGGCUUCCAGUUCACUGUGCGCCCAGAUGGUGUGGACUUUAAACUGAGCCAAGAAGUCAUCAAAAAUAUCUACCUAUCAGGAGUGACAGCAUGGAAGAAGAAAGCCAUUCAAUUCAAGAAUGGUGUAUUGGCAGGAGUCUACCCUGCCAGUCCAUCCAGUUGGCUAAUAGUUGUAAUUGCCAUGAUGAGCUCUUUAUAUAUCCACACAGACCCGUCUCUGGGAAUGAUGGAUGCCAUCAAGGAAAACCUACCAUAUCGGUCAGUGAUCCCACAAAGCCCAACACGAGCAGUGCUGAGUGCCAUCCUGUUUGCCACAGGACUGUGGCUGCUCCUGAUCUACCUCCUGAGAUACACUCUUAAAGCUCUGCUGUCCUAUCAUGGAUGGAUUUUUGAGUCCCAUGGAAAAAUGAGUACAUCAACUAAAGUGUGGCUGUGCCUGGUAAAGAUGUUAUCUGGACGCAGACCCUUGCUCUACAGUUUCCAGGCCUCCUUACCCAGGCUUCCUGUGCCCAGUGUGGAUGAUACAAUUCACAGGUACCUUGAGUCAGUUCGACCUCUGCUGGACAAUGAGCAGUACAAUAAAAUGGAGCUUUUGGCCAGUGAUUUUAAAGAAAACAAAGCAGCCCAACUGCAGAGAUGCCUAAUCUUAAAAUCAUGGUGGGCAACAAAUUAUGUAAGUGACUGGUGGGAGGAGUACAUUUACCUCAGGGGCAGGAGUCCUAUCAUGGUCAACAGUAACUUCUAUAUAAUGGACCUCUUGUACGUGACCCCAACACAUCGUCAGGCUGCAAGGGCAGGAAAUGUGGUACAUGCCAUGUUGCAAUACAGACGCAAACUGGAACGUGGUGAACUUGCACCGCUGAGGGCUUUGGGGACUGUUCCUAUGUGUUCUACUCAGAUGGAGAGGAUGUUUAACACCACUCGCAUCCCUGGCAUUGAAACAGAUUUUGUGCAGCACCUGACUGAUCGGAAACACCUGGUUGUCUUCCACAAGGGUCGGUUCUUCCAGGUGUGGCUUUACACUGGAGGGCGUCACCUUUUGCCCAGUGAACUUGAAACACAGUUUCAAAGGAUUCUCAAUGAUACAUCAGAACCUCAACCAGGAGAACUCAAACUAGCUGCCCUGACAGCAGGAUACAGGGUUCCAUGGGCUCAGGCUCGGAUAAAAUAUUUUAGCCAGGGUAUAAACAAAGUAUCCCUGGAUGCAAUCGAGUCAGCUGCCUUCUUCCUGACACUGGAUGAUGAGCCGCAGGGUUACGAUCCUGCAAAGAGCAACUCACUUGAUAGCUACGCCAAGUCCCUGCUGCAUGGAAAAUGUUAUGACAGGUGGUUUGACAAAUCUUUUACAUUGAUCUCUUAUCCAAAUGGAAAAAUGGGUGUAAAUGUUGAACAUUCUUGGGCUGAUGCACCAAUUGUAGGACACAUGUGGGAGUAUAUUCUAGCAACAGACUGCUUCCAUCUUGGAUACACUGAGGAGGGACACUGUAAAGGGGAUGUGAACAAAAACCUGCCUCAUCCCACUCGACUACAAUGGCAGAUUCCAAAUGAGUGCCAAAAUGUCAUUGAAACAUCAUACCUCUCAGCCAAGCAGAUAGCUGAUGAUGUGGACUUCCAUGGCUAUCUGUUUGCUGAGUUUGGGAAAGGCCUGAUCAAGAAGUGCAGGACAAGCCCUGAUGCCUUUAUUCAGCUGGCCUUGCAGCUGGCCCAGUUUAGGGACCAGCGUGUGUUCUGUCUGACGUACGAGUCAUCGAUGACUCGUAUGUUCAGAGAUGGGCGGACAGAGACAGUGCGCUCCUGCACGUCUGAGGCGGUUGCAUUCGUCAGAGCCAUGGAGGACGCUGGUACGACGAAUGCCCAGAGACUUGCCCUGUUUCGGAAAGCAGCAGAAAAGCACCAAAACAUGUAUCGUCUGGCCAUGACUGGUUCUGGGAUCGAUCGUCACCUUUUCUGUCUCUAUAUAGUAUCUAAAUACCUUGGUGUUGACUCACCAUUUCUUACAAAGGUCCUUUUGGAGCCCUGGAAGUUGUCCACCAGCCAGACUCCACAGCAGCAGCUCAAUUUAGUUGACAUCAACAAGUUCCCGAAAUAUGUGGGUGGUGGGGGUGGAUUUGGCCCUGUAGCUGACGAUGGUUACGGUGUGUCUUAUAUCAUUGUUGGGGAAAACCUCAUCACAUUCCACAUCUCGAGCAAGUUCUCCAGUCCUGACACAGACUCAUAUCGGUUUGGUCAGCAUAUUCGAAAGGCCAUGCUUGACAUCCAAGCUCUUUUCAAGCCUCAAAAUGAUAAGACAGCACAGAAUGCAAAGUAUGUCCAUCUGGAAAAUGGGAAAAAGCACAUAUAACAGAGAGUGUGGGUGGGUAUGUUAGAUUUGGAGCACAUACAACCUGU